CCCCCCACAAGCGUCCGAAAAUUUCAAUUUUGUGCUAAAUUAGCUGCGCUUAGCCGUUAGUUAGCCCUUAACCUUGUUUUGCUCGCUAUUCGACUAAAGUCCACUAUAGUCAACCUUAAUCGACCUUAUUGCCUUUUAAGUUAGUUAGUUGAGUGUCGACUAACUACUUUAUUUACAUUUACGUUUUUUCAUCUCUGUCAACGCAUCGUCAUAUCUCCAUAACAACUAAGCUAUCACAUGUCAAUAAAAGCGCGCCAAUCUUCUUUUUGCUAAACCUCUUAUUUUACCUUUUCAUUCACCAUUUUGUUUAUUAUUUUUUUAAUCAAUUGUUUAUUUAUUUUACACUCGAAACUAUGUCUGGCCUUGAGUCUAAGGUGUGCAACUGGAUACAUGAAGAAUUUCCUUCAGCCAAUAUUAAAGUCAAUCCAAAAGACAUAACUCGUCUCAUUACAUCUAAGAAUGGUCAUAUCUACAUAAAAUUGUUCAGCCUGUUGAAUGAAAAUUUCAAAUCUAAAAGCAAAUAUAAGGCCAUCAAAGAAGCUUCCAGUUUAAUGGCCGAGAAAAAAAAGAGGGACUCUCUCAAAAAUGAGUUGACCAAAUUGGAAAAAUCUUUAGCUAAUUUAUUGUCUGCGGUUCAUCAAGAAGAAAAGCGUUUGUCGCAAGAAACGCGAAAAACUGAUUUGAUGAAAACAAAAGAAACUAUGUUUAAAUCCCUGGCUUCAGCUCUAGAGAUGAUCAAGUUGUUCUGUGAAAGUUUUUCGAAGCAUCAGAUUCCCAAAGUUGAUGUCGAUUCACUUUUUAGUGAAGAAAUUUCAGCCAAAAAUUUCUUUAGUGAAGGCUCCGUAAAUGUUUUCCAUGCAAGACAAAGACGUAAAGAAGUAAAUUUUGACCUUAUUUUGGAAGAAAUUGAAAAAACAGUUACUGAAAUCAACCAGAUUUUAAGUGAGGUGUCUAAGCAGCGCUUCGAAGUUCCCAAAAUUUCUCUUGAUCAAGCAUUCCUUAAAAGUGUACUAGAUCACAACUGUUUAAGUUCAUCCACUUUGUUGGAAGUUCAACCUAUCAGAGAUACUAAGCCCACUCGACUCAAUAAUGGGUUAUCUGCUUUAAAAAUAAUCUCUGAAUAUGAUGAGCAUCGAACUGUCCAAGAAAAUAAAUUGCUGGACAAAUUGGAACAAGCACAUUCAAGGAUGCAACAUUUAGUCAAUAGAUUACCAGCGACCAAAUCUUGAUAAUGGAAAAAAUCAUUGCACGGAAAUAUACACCUUAAAAUAAACGUUUCGCUAAGAUUUUCUAUACUCAAAAUUCAAUCUCAAUUAUUUACUUGUGAAAAGUUGAAUUCUCUGAACAGAGUUUCGAAGUUAAAUUCAAGAAAAUGGACUCUAUUCAUGUUUAUACUCUUUCUAAGCCAAUACUUUAUUCUUAUCAAUGAUCUUUAGUAUUUUUUUGAGUGAAUAUAAUCUGCAAUCUUCGAUUUUUCGGUUUAAUGGGUUCUCGAUAAAAAUUAAAGUAAUUUUCAAUUUAGUA